GAAUGUGCGCUUCAAAAAGUCGUUGUGUGAAUUGGUUUCGGUAAAGGCGGCUUGCGCUGAAGUAAAACGAAGAUAUGGAUACCAGGUCGCAAUUUGCUGGCCGCUACAAAAAAGAUCUGAGCACCGAAACCUUAAGGGCCAAAGUGGCCCGGCGCAAAUCCAUCACUCAGAAGGAGAACAGACACAAGGAGUUCAGAAAGGGCAGAGGCCUAGCGCUGGCGGAUGGAAAAGCACAGCCCCGGAGGGAGAGACAUGGAUCCAGGGUUGUCUCUAAGCCCAAACAGCAGAUGUCAAAAGAGCGCUUGGAAAUGCUGCAGCGCUUCAAAGAAGAAAAGCUACUCCGAAAAUUAAAAGACCAAAGAGAAAAGGCAGCUAAAGGGGUUUUUAAAUGUGGUCUCUAUAAACCGGAUGUUAUGCUUCUUCCACCUGCGCCCCCUCAAAAGGCUGUGAAAGUCAAAGCAAAAGAUCAGGGUGAUGAGAAAUGGGAAGAUGUCCCUUCAGUAGACGUCCAGAUAGCUCAGCUUUCUAAACGUGCUACCAUUCCCAUUAGUGAAGUGGCUGGUCUAAAAGACCCUAUGGAUAAGAGGGCAGAAACGUCCUGUAGACGAGUGUUCCAGUCAUCUGGUUUCCAGCGUAAAGUGACGUUAUCUAGCGCAUCUGUGGCUAAAGCCCAAGGUAUCUGGUUGCAGUCCUUAGAAAGCAGUCUGUCGGACGCUAUGGAUGAAGGUUUGUCUAAGUUAUUUAAGAACCUAAAGCUGGCUAAUAGCUUCCUGGUGGAAGCUGCAGAAGAGAGCCUUAAACUAUUGGCCUGUAAUAUGGGUUUGUCUUCUGUGGCUAGAAGAGCAUUAUGGCUUCGCUCUUGGGCAGCAGAUACUGCUUCAAAGUCUACCUUAUGUGAUUUACCAUUCGAAAGAACCAAGCUAUUCGGGUCUCCCUUGGAGGAGCUGAUCAGACAUAUUACUGUCUGUACUGUAGAAACAAACACAACAACUUCUCCUCAAAGAAAAGAAUGCGUGACUGAGCAGUAUUCCUGUACAUCUGCUCAACAAUCUCCUCCAUCUCAGACUAUUAUAUCGGAUGCUUUACAGGAGAACAAAGAGCUGGAGCAACUAGAGGAGCCGCAGCACGAUGUGCCUUACUUCCGAAACAUACUGAAGUCUGAGACGGAGCGGCUUUUCAUACUGUCCACGGAGUGGGGGAAAAAAGUUGAUGGAGACAUUCCAGAGGAUGCAAAGGAUCUGAUACGCACAACUGUUGGGCAAACACGACUCCUAAUUACAGAGCGGUUUAAACAGUUUGAGGGACUUGUGGACAACUGUGAAUUCAAGCGUGGUGAAAAGGAAACUACGUGCACAGAUCUCGAUGGUUUCUGGGAUAUGAUCUACUUUCAGGUUGAAGAUGUGGGUAAGAAGUUUGUCAAUCUUGGGAAGCUGGAAGAGAACUCAUGGCAACAAAACACAGUUCAGACCAAAAAAGCUGUAAAAAAGAGAAUUGUUUCAGCACCAAAGCAGAGUCAAGGUGAUAAUGGGAGGGCUGCAGCUCGAGGUCGUCUCGCUGCAAUUAAAGCUGCCCUGAAAGACAAAGGAAAGCCAACAGAACCAGUAGCUGAAGUAGCCUCAGAUCUCCCCAAGCAGCUUGAACUGGUAGUCUUUGACGCUGGGUUCUUUCGAAUUGAGAGCCCUGCCAAACCAAAAAAAGAUGUGAAAAUAAAUCGAAGAUCAUCUCAAACACCCAACGCUUCCAAGUCCAUCACGAAAACCUCUAGAAUUCAUGUUACCGGCCUCUUUCUAGAAGAUGAUGUGGAGUGUUUGGAAAUAAAGGGUUCAAAAUCUCCUGUAGGAAGGGUGCUAUUCACUGCAGACAAAGAAAGCACAUUAAACACAGAAGAAUCUUGUAAAAGUACAGAUUUCAGCGAUAACAAAGAUGAUUCCUCCCAAGCGAUUCCUGAAAAAUAUUUGGUACCUACAGAGUGCAUUGAUCUAGAGUUUGGAGAUUCCUCCGCAGCCAAGCCGAGUGAGUGUAACCUGGACGCGAUUCUCACAACUAACGCUUCAUUUGUGGAUGAUGUCUUUAUAACCAGCCCUGGAAAAACUGUCGAAGAAAUCAGUAUCCACUCUCCAUUUAAAGAUCUUCUUGGGGAAUUUGCUGAUGCAGACUGUAAGAUUGAUUCUGAUGGAAUCCCUCUCCGAGGAAGCUGCAGUCCUUCAAACACGGUAGAAUAAUAAUUUGUCUUCUCAGUCUUCCUGCCACAUACUUAUGCGGCCUAUUUGUCUCAGAAGAUAACAGGAUGAAAAUGUUAUGCUAAUGUCCGCUUUUUCUUUAAUGAACCCACAUUGAAUAUAUAUAUUUAUUGUGUAUAUUAAACAUUUUUCUGUUUUCUUUGAAAGGCUGUCUGUGCGUGUGGAUCAUUUUUUAAUUUUCUCUUUUCCCUUUUAUUUCUGAGUGGAAAUGCAAUCAAGAGUG